AUGUUGGUUUUAGUGAUUGGUGACUUCCAUAUUCCUGAUCGGAAACGUUCUUUGCAUCCUGCUUUUAAAACUCUUCUAGCCCCUGGGAAAAUACAGCACAUACUAUGCACAGGAAAUCUUACUACAAAGUGUAUGUAUGACUACUUAAAACUUAUUUGUGGGGAUGUACAUGUUGUAAAGGGAGACUUCGACGAGGGUUUGGAUUUUCCAUUGACAAAGGUUUUAAGUGUUGGAAACUUUAAGAUAGGGCUUACACAUGGGCAUCAGAUAGUUCCAUGGGGAGAUCAGAAAAGUUUAGCUAUGCUUCAGCGAGAACUGGAUGUUGAUAUUUUGAUCAGUGGUCAUACUCAUAAGUUUGAGGCGUAUGAAUACGCUGGUCAUUUCUACAUUAACCCUGGCUCUGCAACUGGUGCAUCUAGUCCCUUUGAGAAAAAUCCACAACCUUCAUUUGUUCUUUUGGAUAUUCAAGAAACAGUGAUACAACUAUAUGUGUAUACUCUGGUCAAUGAUGAGCAUAAAGUUUCGCGUAUAGAAUAUCACAAAAGCAAACAAAUAUGA